AAUGACAGUCUGGUCACUGUAUAACCGCCGAACAGUCACGUCGUACUCGACUCACCAACACCGGCAAAAUUGACCCUCAAGGCCGCGCCGACAUAAAACAAAGCUUUGUCCACAAUGUGUACUACGGCACUUCUCCUACCAAAACGAAACGCCAGAUACUUGAGUUACCGUUUGAAGACUUCUUCAAUCUAUGCGUACGUGAAUUGACCAAUGUGGAAGAUGGUCAUGAGGAUAAAACGAAGGAUGGGAACGACCGGCUCUGAUUUCUUUUGAGCUGUGCGACGCAUACCAAGGCGGACGCCGAUGGAACGUUAGGCCCAGAGCUGUGGAAGUACUACGAAUGGACAACUUGGUGGCCCGAAUACGAGCUAUCACCAACCUAUCGUAGCACCACGUUCGAAGAGCAGUGCCAGGCACUCCAAGAAGACGACUCUAAUAUGUGGCCCGGUCUGACAUGGAUCCUCGAGGACGAUAUACACAUCCAAGAUGGGUACGCCGCGGAAAGUAUCGAGCAUAUCGUCAAGCACUUUCUCUGGCUCCUACUCAACGUCGUCGACGUUCACCUCGUCGAGCAUCAAAUUGGGAUGAGUGAUCUACAUUCCAAUGAAGAGAUCGAGAGUGUGUUGCAUGAAGGGUAUGAGCUACUGAACCGGUCUUCGAAGUUAUUACUGCGAAAUCCCUUUUCAGACAUCCCCAAGCAUGUACGUGAGGCCUUGGCGACCGCGAAUACCAGGGGGAACAUCGAGUUCCUCGGGAAUUGCCCUCUACGUGAAUUCUACGAGAAUGUCCCGUUAGAACAGCUGCAUGCAUUCGCGUACAUUGUCUUCCUCCAUUAUGCCUUGGCCAAGGUCGAUCAAUUGGGAGCAGAUCCAAAUGGCACCAUACGUGCAAACCUGCUGAAGCUGCAAAUAGUGAGCGCACUAGAGGAGAGUAGAAGCGAUGAUCGCCAUGUCUGGACACGCUCUAUAGGUAUGGAAGAUGUGAUUGCCGUAGAGCUCGAAGCUUACAUCCUUCACUAUCUUGACAAUGGACCUACUGUGGAUGUCCCAAUAGAGCCGACCGGACCGCGCAUUGAUCUCGAUGGGUUGUGCGAUGCGGCGAGCUCGCCAAUAACCACCGAGCGCUGCCCAAUUUACCUUGAAGAUUACACGGACUUUAACAGCGUGUGCGUCCAGCUAAAGGCCUGUGCGCGUCUACUGCGUCGCGGGUGCUUGGAUGAAUUGGUGAACGGGGUGUAUCCCGAAGUUCCUGAGAUCAGAUGUCCGGCGUGUCGGACAGGUAUGUGUGAGGCCCGCGACUAUACUGCAGUGCUGGACAACGAGGUUCGAGAUGAGGUUUCAUAGCUGAUCAAAGGUAAAGACUGUAAAGUCGUUGCGUUUGACGUUCGAUGUAAGCGUCGAUGCUGACAAGUAAUUUGUGUAUCAUAUAAUGUCGCGGGAUGAAGUGGUGAUGUUUUCAUGAUAGGGGUGACGAUGCGGC